GUCAUCUGCUUACAAUCUUAAAUUUUCCUUUCCCCUAAAAGAGAUGACAUCUGUGACACCUAGUACUCCGGCUUCUAAGAUUGAAAAAACUCCAGUGUCUACUCCUGGAGGUUCGAGGGGCAGGAAGGAGAACAUUUUGGUAACUGUACGUUUGAGGCCCCUUAGCAAAAAAGAGCAAUCCCUAAAAGAUCAAGUUGCCUGGGAAUGCAUUGAUGACAAUACAAUUGUCUUGAAGCCAUUAUCACAUGAUCGAUCUAGUUCAUCAGUUCAAUAUACUUUUGACAAAAUAUUUGGUCCUACAUGCCCAUCUGAAGUUGUGUAUGAAGAAGGAGCUAAGGAAGUUUCCAUGUCAGCAUUGAGAGGAAUCAAUGCUACUAUUUUUGCUUAUGGACAGACAAGUAGUGGUAAAACAUACACCAUGAGGGCGAUAACCGAGAGUGCCGUUAAUGACAUCUACAAACAUAUAGAAAAUAACUCAGAUAGGGAAUUUAUUAUCAAAAUCUCUGCAUUGGAGAUUUAUAACGAGGUUGUGAGAGACCUGCUAAAGCCUGAUUCUGGGCCUUUAAGGCUUUUAGAUGACCCUGAGAAAGGAACCAUCGUUGAGAAACUAGAGGAAGAAACUGCAAGAAACAUAGAGCAUUUACGGCAGCUCAUUGGCAUUUGUGAAGCUCAGAGGCAGGUUGGCGAAACUUCCUUGAAUGAUGCUAGCUCAAGAUCUCACCAAAUAAUCAGGCUGACAAUUGAAAGCAGCCUCCGUGAAAAUUCUAGUUGUGUAAAGUCUUACGUUGCCAAUUUGAACUUCGUAGAUCUUGCUGGUAGUGAGCGGGCAUCUCAAACUAAUGCUGAGGGUACUAGGCUGAAAGAAGGUUGCCAUAUAAAUCUUAGCUUGCUGACUCUGACAACCGUUAUCAGAAAACUGAGCGAUGGAAAAAAAUCUGGCCAUGUACCAUACAGGCAGUCCAAGUUAACACGUAUCCUGCAACUAUCUCUUGGAGGGAAUGCAAGGACGGCAAUAAUAUGUACAAUGAGUCCUGCACUUAGCCAUGUUGAGCAAUCUCGCAUCACACUCUCCUUUGCUUCCUGUGCAAAGGAAGUUAUGACCACAGCACAAGUUAAUAUGGUUGUGUCAGAAAAGCAGUUGGUUAAGCAGCUGCAGAAGGAGGUAGCCAGACUUGAAGCAGAACUGCGCACUCCAGAACAUUCUGCACCCUCAAAUUCUGAAGCCAUCCUAAUGGAGAAGGAAAUCCAAAUCAAGAAGAUGGAAAUGGAAAUGGAAGAGUUGAAGCGGGAAAGAGAUAUUGCGAUGUGCCAAUUAGAUGAACUUCGAAGAAAAAUGGGGCAAGAUCAAUGUGCCAGCAAUGGGCGGCAUCCACUUGAAUCGUCACCUCGCCGGGUUGCUAAAUGUUUAACCUUUUCCGGUCAAUCAAGAAACCCUUUGAGGCAGUCAUCGACUGCGCCAUCCAUGCUUGUCCAUGAAAUCCGUAAGCUUGAGCAGUUACAGGUCCAACUUGGUGAGGAAGCCAACAGAGCUUUGGAAGUCUUGCAGAAAGAGGUGGCCUGUCAUAGGCUUGGGAACCAAGAUGCUGCCGAGACCAUUGCGAAACUCCAAGCUGAAAUAAAGGAGGUGAGGGCUAUUAGAUCUCUAACAACAAUAGUUGACAUCAGAGACAUGGCCAGCAACCCGAAGGCCGGCGCCAAUCUGAAAGAAGAGAUUACUAGACUACAUUCACAGGGAAAUACAAUUGCAAAUCUUGAGGAGCGGCUAGAAAAUGUCCAGAAAUCAUUAGACAAGCUAGUUAUGUCUCUGCCAAACAUCAAUUUUAGCAGCGAGGGCACUCCAAAACCACCCAAAACUACAUCUAAGAGGCGGAAGAUGCUUCCAUUGACUUCUAGUGGCAAUGCGAAUCGAUCACAUUUCAUAAGAACCCCUUGUUCUCCUCUCUCAUCAUCUUCUAGAAAGGUGCUGGAGUCUGAUAUCGAAAACAAGGCUCCAGAGAAUGAUUUCAUGUCCAAUGAAAAUUUUUCUGGUUCUGAAAUUGCCACACCAUCUAAGAGUGAAGAUGGAGGAGAUAUCUCAUCAAGAGAAGGCACACCAGGCUGUCGGCGUUCCAGUUCUGUGAAUAUGAAAAAAAUGCAGAAGAUGUUCCAGAAUGCUGCGGAGGAGAAUGUAAGGAGUAUAAAAGCUUAUGUCACAGAACUUAAAGAAAGAGUUGCAAAACUGCAAUACCAGAAGCAGCUUCUUGUUUGCCAGGUUCUGGAACUGGAAGCAAAUGAAGCUGCUGGUUACACUUUAGAUGCUGAUGAUGAGAAUGUUGCCGAGCUUCAUAACUCACCAGACACUUGGCACCUCAUUUUCCAUGAGCAAAUUCAGCUUAUCAUUCAAUUAUGGCAUAUUUGCCAUGUAUCAAUAAUUCAUAGGACACAAUUUUACUUGCUAUUCAGAGGUGAUCAAGCAGACAAGAUUUAUAUCGAGGUGGAGCUUCGACGACUGAAUUGGCUGAAAGAGCACUUUGCAUCUGUUGGCAAUGCUAGUUCUGCACAUUCUGGAGAUGAUUCUUCCGUUUCUCUAUGUUCAAACAUCAAGGCACUGAAGCAUGAGAGAGAAUUCCUUUCUAAAAGAAUGAAUUCUAGACUGACAGAGGAGGAGCGUGAGAGGCUGUAUAUAAAAUGGCAAGUACCCUUGGAAGGAAAGCAGAGGAAGCUUCAGCUUGUGAACAAGCUCUGGACAGAUACAAGUGACAGGACACAUAUUGAGGAAAGCGCAGAUAUCGUGGCCAGGUUGGUUGGGUUCUGCGAAGGUGAAAGUGUCACUAAAGAAAUGUUUGAACUCAACUUUGCCUUGCCAGAGAACAAGAAGCCAUGGCUGCUUGGUUGGGAGCCUAUUUCAAACUUUUUGAAACUGUGAUUGAGAGUUGGGUAAGUACAUUGAAGCCAUCUAAAGGUCAGUGGAUGCUUUGCGCUUGCCUGCUUCUUGGAGCAUAAAUGAAGAACAUUAAAGGUAUCGCUGUAAUCAACAAUGA